AUGUCUUCUGAAGAGGCAGUACAGGAGGUUCGACGAAUCUUUAUAAACAACAGUGUAGAACAGGCUCAUGAUUACCUCACCACCAUUACCCGUGGAAUUCAAGAGAGUGAUGAUCGAUUAAAACAAAUUGUUGGACAAAGUUAUCGUGAUCUCAUUGCCGCCUGUGAUCGAGUAGUGGGAAUGGAACACACCUGUAAGAAAUUACUGCAAUUGCAAAAGGAAUUACAACAGACUUCUGUUGCCGGCACUUCUUCUUAUUCUUCUUCUUCUUUGCCGUUAUCUCCAUUACAUCAUGGAGAGCGAGAGAAAAGUGAACAGACAUCAGCGGCUUAUCUACAUACACCGCCUAGACGGAGUUCCACCACACUCAUGGAUGAAGAAAAUACCCAAACAUCGUCAUUAAGAGAGUUUGUAAGUGAUUUCAACAAGAAGAAUAAGAAUAUGAAAAGUACAGAAGAAGAGAAAGAGAAAGAAGAAGAAGAAAAAGAAAAUAAUAAUAAUAAUAAUAAUAGUAAAAAGGAAAAGUUUAUAUUGGAUAAAGUGACAUUACCCCAGUGUGGACGAUUACUAUUUCAACAACAAUGUGUGGCAAUGGAGGGUUUAUUAGGAUCUCAACAAGUACAAGAUGCGGCUAAAGUUCUCCAACAAUUACGGGAUGGAUUACAAUUAAAUCCAUCUACACAUACAGCCAUCAACAACAAUAGCAUAGAAACAACAAUAUCAACAACGAAUAUGAAUAUGAAUAUAAUGUUUUUACCAACAGCCGUCUAUCAACAUCGAGAGAAACAAGUCCAUUUAUAUGCUAAUAGACUCCAACAUGUUAUUAGGGAAUUACUCCGCAAGGAUGCAGAUGAGGCCGCACAAAAGGCAAUAGCAACAUCAAUAUCAACAACGAAAGAAAAAGAAAAAGAAGAAUGGAGUUGUAGAGAUAUGAGUGGAAUAAUGGGACAUAUGAGAGAAGCACAUGCGGCUCUUGGGAUUCUUGACUCUAUAUCAUUACCGAAUGCGUUAUUACGAUUAAUUCAACUCAUCUCUACUUUGAUUGAAGAGGAUAGGAAACUUAUUAGGAAAGUAAUGACAGAGAAACAAGAUCCUCCUGUUGUUACUACUGCUACUACUACUACUACUACUAAUAAUAAUAAUAAUGAUAAUAAUAAUAAUAAUAAUAAUAAUAAUAAUAAUUCUAAUGAAAAUGGGAAAAGGAUUUUUUUAAAACGAAUGGAAUGGCUACGGGCAUUAUUACCACUUCCUCAGAGUCUUGUAGAGAAUACAUCAUCAUCAUUAUCAUUAUUAUUAUUAGAUGCUCCAACAGCGGCUUGGUGGCUUCCAUCUAUAGAAGGAACACCUGGACUCACUCCUAUACAGCAGAAUAGCAACAAGAGUAAUAAUAAUAAUAAUAAUAAUAAUAAUAAUAAUAAUAAUAAAGGUAUGAUGAGUAAUGCUGAGAAUACUGGAGUGGAUGAUGCGAUUAUGGCUCUACACAUUGUACAACGAUCGCAGUAUUUGUAUUUUCACUUGGUAACGUAUGUAGCCUCUGUAUUACCGAAAUUGUAUGGAUCUCAACAACAACAACAAGGUUCUGCUGUUGGAGAUAAUGUUAAUAAUAAUAAUAAUAAUAAUAAUAAUAAUAAUAAUAAUAAUAAUAAUAAUAAUAAUAAGGAAGAGGAAGAGGAAAUAGAUGAGUAUACCAAUCAACAACGGCGACAACGCAAACUUCAAGGAUUACUAACACUUCGUGCACGUUUAGCAACCCAACAACAACAACAACAAGAUGGGGAUAAACAAAAAACCGAUACGAAUGAUUUAAUGCCUUUACGAUUAAGUAGUAGUACUUUUUCACGAGAGGGAUUUGCCUCUUCUUUUCGUUCAGUGAGUGAAGAUGGUGGGGUAGACUCUGUUGGUAGUGUUGGCUCCUCUUCUCUUGUUCAAUUGGAUGGAGUUUCAGAGAAGAAUUCCACCGUUCGCGUCCACACACGGACAUUAUAUCUUCGUGAAGUAAUGCAGCAAGUGUGUGGAAUGCAAUUAUUAGAUCCACGACUCCUGCGGCCGAAAAGAGGACGAGAAGAAGAAGAAGAAGAAGGUUCUCAUCUUAACAAGGAGAAGAUGAAUAAUAAUAAUAAUAAUAAUAAUAAUAAUAAUAAUAAUAAUAAUAAUAAUAAUAAUGAGAUUUCAUCAUUAUUAUCAUCGACAGUAGUAGAGUAUAAAACUCUACGAGAAGCACUUUUAUUAGUUCAGGAGAAUGUAUCUCAACUAUUACUCACUGUUGCAGAUGCUGGUUUACUGCGGGAUCCACGUUGUAUUUGUAUAUAUGAACAUCUAGCCAUAGAAGGUGGUAAUCGCAUGCAGAAACAACAAUCUUAUCAACAACUCACACGAUCUUCUUCUUUAUUAUUAUCAUCAUCUUCUCUUUCUAUUUCUUCUCCUUCUCCUGCUGUGGGGAAUAUAACUGUUGGGGAUCUUUUUGAUAAAACGAAAUGGGCUGCGAUGGUGAGUGAGACUACGGAACGUGCCUUGCAGAAAGCCAUUGGAGCUGCACUGAAGAAGGCAGAUCGUGUCUGUGAAUCUAUUCUACGAUGGAUUGCAGUGGAAUACAGACAACAACAAUCUCAAUCUCAACAAUCAUCAUCAUCUCAACAACAACAACAAUCAUCAUCUCAACAAUCUCAACAACAACAACAACAGGAUCAUACAGAAAUACGUACAGUGCCAAGACCAUUAAUGAUACCACAACUCUCUCGACAUCUCUUCUCACAUUCACUUUGUGUGAGUGAACGUAUUGCGGCUAUGCAUGGUGAUAAGGAAGAUUCACAGGAUUCUUCUACUUUUUCCACAACCGCCUCUCAUAAACGCCUACGAGGAAGUGGAAAAGAUGGAAGAAUGAAGGAUGCUUUACUUGCACGAGCUGUUGUUCAUUGUAUGUGGUCCAAUACACAUGCUUCUUUAGAUCGAAAGAGUACUACGAAUACAUCUCAUUUACGUAAUAGAACUCCACAACGGAGUCAUCAUCAUAAUCAUAGUAAUAGUAACAACAUUACAGGAAUCCUUUCCAAUACAUUUUCACCUUCAGAUAUGUUUGCACUCAUGACUAGUAAUAGUAAUAAUAGUGGUGUUGGUGGUGGAGUGGAUGGGAGUCCUAUGGAUGUAGAGAAAGUACAUGAGAGAGACAGUUUACUCUUUGCGGAUGAUGAAGAAGAUGAAGAUGAUGAUGAAAAUAAUAAUAAUAAUAUUAAUACGAAUACAGCCCUAUCAUCCUAUGCAAAUACACCAACAACAACAAGAAUAGAUCAAGGAGUAGCGGCUUAUCAUGGGGUAUUACGAUAUAUACUCCAUCGUAUUUUAAGUAGUGAACAUGCAUGGGAAAAGAAAGAUACAACUGUCCAUUAUCUCAUCUCUGCAUGGAUAACAAAGAUACUACGUCGUGUACAGGAACUCAUGCGAAGAGAAAAAGAAGCAUAUCAACUACAAUUACAACAACAGGCAGACUCCUUUGAACAGCGGGCUUCUAUGAUGGUAAUGUUUGAUCAAUUCUCACUUCUCUUGGAAGUCCUCUUACAAGUACUAGAGGAAAUCCCGCCACUUCCAAAAACUACAGAAACAACAACAACUACUACAGAAACAACGGCAUUACUUGUAAAAGAGUUAAAAGAUACCAUUCUUGCCUGUCAUACACCAUGGGUACAAUUACUUCGACGAGAAUGGGAAAGUGGACUUUGUACGGCUUAUAAAGAGGCAUUAGAGGCCUUUACAGUUUCUAAGACUAAUACUAAUACUACUACUGCUAUUUCUUCCUCAGCUGCACGACGGUAUACUUUGGAAUAUGCGGCCUGUUGGCGACAUCGCAAAUCUCAACAACAAUCACAAUCUCAAUCCCAACAAUCUCAACAGUCACUACUACCACCAUCUAAACAACAACAAGGACAACAAGAUACAGAGCCGCAAGAACAAGAUAUUGCUUGUCCUAUGCAUCUUACUCCACAUGUUGCGGAUCUUCUUUUUGUUUUACAACAUAUUCUCUACACUGUUGGUGUUGGACAACGACUACAAGGAACUGUACUUCCCAUUCUUAUUCGUGAACUCCUCGAUGGCACAGCGGCGGCGGUGUUAAAUGUGGUACUUCCCUCCAUCACCGCAAGUGGGAACUCUGGAAAUAGCAAUAAUAGCAGCAUGCACAACUAUAAUAAUAAUAAUAAUAAUAAUAAUAAUAAUUAUUAUUAUUAUUAUAAUAGUAAUAAUCCUAGUAUUACUUCUACUCCUCAUAGAGGCCCAAGUGGAACGAUACCUGCUGGUGUCUACGAUGAAGAAAAGGAAGAGGCAUUACUGCAGUUGUGUUUUGAUGUUCUUUACAUUACUGGUCUCUUCGCUCCGCCUGGUGGAGUUUCCGCGUCUUCCACGGCGGCAGUUCUGCAGGCGAUUGAAGGCCGAGUGGAUCCCGUUGUGUGGUCUUUAACCGCCCCGCUGCUCACACGCAGUAAUGAAGAAUUACUGCGGGCCACCGCACUCUCAUUUGGCUCAUGGUGUACAAAAGCUACUGCAGAUAUGUGGAAUAAUAAUAAUAAUAAUAAUAAUAAUAAUAAUAAUAAUAGCAACGAAGGGGGACGACCAGCGGCUUCUCUUCAACAAUCUCAACAACAACAGUGGAAUGGAGCUAUUGCAACUCCAGAGGAGAGAGAACGUUUUCCACUACUUCCUUUAACAGUCACCACAACAUCAUCGCUUUUAUCAUCAUCUAUGAAUGCAGGAACAACAUCUCUUGGGGCAAUGGGUACUGUUGGUAGUGGUAAUAAUCGAUCUUUUCAGUCAACAACAGCGGCAUCAGCAUCAUCAUCUUCAUCUGGGAAUAAAGGAGGUAAUACUAUUUCUUCUGCAGCAUCUUUAUUAUGGGGUGAUAGCAAAACAAAGGGUUGGAUGAAAUCCUUAUGGUAA